AUGAGAUUGUCAGUUCUUUCUUCCGCCUUUUUUGCGGCUGCUGCUCUGGCCGAAACUCAUGUUUUCAACUGGACCACCGGCUGGGGCACUGCGAACCCAGACGGCACCUUCGAAAGGCCUGUGAUUACCUGUAACGGUGAAUUUCCCUGGCCUGAUAUCAAAGUCAAGAAGGGAGACCGGGUCGAGCUCUAUUUGACAAAUGGUUUUGACAAUACUAAUACUAGUCUUCACUUCCACGGCUUGUUCCAGCGCGGGUCCACCCAGAUGGACGGUCCGCCGCUUAUUAGUCAGUGUCUAAUUGUUCCGGGUGACACGAUGUUGUACAACUUCUCUGUUCCUGACCAGGUUGGUUCUUUCUGGUACCACUCUCACUCGGAAGGUCAGUAUAUGGACGGUAUGAGGGGUGCUUUUAUCAUUGAGGACCCGGAUAUGCCCUACGACUACGACGAGGAGGUCAUCAUUACUGUUACUGAAUGGUAUCACGAUCUUGUUGACACUCUGACGGACAAAUUCCUGGACCUCUACAACCCAACUGGUGCAGAGCCAAUUCCUCAGAAUCUGCUAAUGAAUAACACCAGAAAUAACACCUGGAACGUGGAACCAAAUAAGACGUACUACGUUCGUCUGAUCAACAUCGGCGGUUUUGUCUCGCAGUACCUGUACAUGGAGGACCACACGUUCACUGUCGUGGCAGUCGACGGUGUCUAUGUGGAGCCGAACGAGACGAGUAUGAUCUACAUCACCGUCGCUCAGCGUUACGAUGUUCUGAUCACAACCAAGAACGACACUUCGAAGAACUAUGCCUUCAUGCAGAAGUUCGACUCGACGAUGCUCGAUACCAUUCCUAAAGAUCUGGUGCUGAAUGCUACCAAUUAUAUUGUCUACGAUGAAAAUGCUGAUCUGCCAGGACAAUAUAUGGUCGACUCAAUCGACGACUAUCUUGACGACUUCUACCUGGCUCCAUUGGAGAAAGAAGAGCUGUACGAGAACUACGAUUACCAGAUCACCGUCGAUGUCUUGAUGAACAACCUGAACGACGGUGUCAACUAUGCUUUCUUCAACAACAUCACCUACGUUGCUCCAAAGGUCCCAACUCUCGGUACCGUCAUGUCUGCCGGCGAGAACGCUACCAAUGCCUACAUCUACGGUACCAACACCAACACUUUUGUCUUACAGAAGGACGAAAUCGUCGAAAUCGUGCUCAACAAUCAGGAUACAGGUAAGCACCCGUUCCACUUGCACGGUCACGUGUUCCAGGUCAUCGAGAGAGGUCCAACGUUCCCGGACGCGUCGCCUCAGUCUUACAACGAGUCUGCUCCGUACACUCCGCCUGAGCACCCAAUGAGAAGAGACGUUAUCUACGUGAACCCAAACUCGUACUUUGUGAUCAGAUUCAAGGCCGACAAUCCAGGCGUCUGGUUUUUCCACUGCCACAUCGAAUGGCACUUGGUCCAAGGUCUGGCUCUCACGUUGGUGGAGGAUCCUCUUGGAAUCCAGGCCAACGAGACUCUGACCGACAACUGGAAGCAGGUCUGUGAAAACGCCGGCUUGACCUACACCGGUAACGCUGCUGCCAAUGAUAAGGACUUCUUUGACCUGACCGGCCAAAACGUCCAGGUCAAAGCCCUUCCAGCUGGGUUCACUGCCAGAGGCAUUGUUGCCCUGGUUUUCUCCUGUAUCAGUGGUAUUCUGGGCUGUGUUGUCAUUUUCUGGUACGGUAUGGCUGAUAUUCCAGACAUGGAAAAAAGAGUGCUUGCUGACCUUAAUAUUGACGAAAGGGCCUUCUUGGCUGCGGAGGACGACGAGGAAGCCGAGUCUGCUGAUGCCAUGGGCUCUACCGUGAACGCCCUUUCCAAAGAAGGGACUGCCCACGAGAUUACUACUUCUCACUAG